AUGGAUGGGAAUUUCAAGGCAGAGCAUAUGCAUCCAAAGGAUGCUGGCAGAAAAGCCUGGUUGAUGGAUGGAAAGGGGUACAUGGUUGCAUCACAGCCAUACAAGGAAUAUUUGAGCAGCACUAAAAAUGUGGUUGAGCUACAUGCCAAUGCCUAUAUAUCCAUGCUGGAUGGCAUGUGGAUCUGCCCUGGCAUUGGGUUGUGGCAUGUUCAUGGCCACUGCACAGAAUGCUUUCCACAAUAUGCUCCCAAUUUCAUUGUGGGUGCUGGCCAGGUGGAUGGGGAGAUCAUGGAAACCUUGUGGUCCUCCCUGAAUAUCAUUUCCCCAUCUGCUAGAUGCAUGGAUACUCCCCAUUGGCAGGAGGUACUUGAUUUCCAAAUGAAUGAUAGCAAUUUCCUGAAAAUGGUCAGAAUGUCAAUGAGACUCAAGUGGAAACUCAAGGUUGCUGAGGAAUCUUAUUUAGUGGUUGAAGGCAGGUUUGCUGAUUUGAAUGGUAAUGUCCAACCAGCAAUCAGCCAAUCAUGGGGGGAAGAAGCAGCAGUGGCAUUGAAAGACCAGCUGUCAAUGCCACAGGCCAUGGAUAUAUAUGAGGUCAGGCUGCAGAAAGGAUUUGCACUGAGUGGUAUUGAAGCUCCCUCUGCAAAGGCAAUCAAGAUAGAUUUACUGGCCAUCCCCCAGCCAAGGCAUUUGCAGGGUAUGUCCCAUAUACAUGGCAUUUUUGACACUGCCAAAAAACUAUUUGGGGACAGAUUUGAGGAUGCCAAGCUGUGCCAGUCAUCUAACCUGCAUGAUCCAGAAACCAUUGCAUUGCUGCUGCCAUCCAAUGUUGGCAAAGAUCAUUUUGAACAAUCUGGCCUGUGGUAUGUGACAAUAAUGGAGCUGCAACUGUGGCAAGGACAGGCCAAUGAUUGUCUUCAUGAACUGCAGCUUGUGCUUGCAGAGAAGGUGGUCAUCUUUCGAACUGACAUUCACCAUGGAAGUAAUUACCACAUGGCCACACAUGCCUGGGGAAGGGUGGCCAAUGCUGAAGCAGCAGUGCAAUGUCAUGCCACUGUGAACUGCUGGUGCUGCAUUCAAAUGGGCAGGUUAGGGGCCAGGCUGGAUAUCCUGGAACAAUACAAAGAGUUGAAUGACUCCAACCUAACUAUCAGCAUGGCAGUAUCUGACCCAAAUGCCAGAGGUCACAGAGACAAUACCCUACCUUGGAUCUGGACAAUGGAUGUACCAAGGGACAUGGCCACCAAUGAUUGGAUGUCAGAAUGUGAGAGGAGCAAUCACAUGGAAGGAGGAGGUUCAGCUGUUGAAAUGUGA